UUUAUGUUUCGAUGUAUUGUGCACGGAGUGUACUGAUACUCCGUGGUAUUGCGUAAUGUCUAAUUAAUUGAUGAAUUCUUUGUUUAUAGCUUGCUGUAACAUUUUUUUUUUUUUUUUUUGCUGACAUAAUGUUUGAUAAUCCAUUUAGAGUGCUUCUUGAUUUGACUGAAUUAAAUAUUGAAGGUUUUAAAUAUGUAUGGAUUAAUGUUUCACCACGUGAACUGAAAACUAUUGGAGAUUUCAAGUCCUCUUUGUAUACAAAACUGAAUUUUGAAAAUAGAGAUAUAAAACUCUUUGUGAAAGAUGGUUUGCUUUUAGAAGAUGAGAAAAUAAUCAUUUUGAGAGAAAACGAUACCGUAAAGGUUGAGUAUGGAGACAAAUAUUACACAGUUUUGAAUGGAACAAACGGUUGGGAGAGAGAAAAGCUUGAAAGGUCUGUUUUAAAAAGUUGCGAAGAAUCUGUUGUUGAUGUGCCAACUCAUAAGAAAAAAAAGCGUCAUAGAGAUAAGGAAUCAUAUCUCUAUGCUAGUACUUCUAAGCUAAGUCCAGAGAUAAAGAAAGAUGAGCAUAUUGGUGAUUAUUCAGAACCGGCACCAAAAAAAUGUAAAAAAAGGGAUGAUCUACUACACAAGGAUAUUUCCAAACUGAAUUCAGAAAUGAGUAGUGAUCCAAAUAUUAAUGGAUCAUCAGAUGCCAGGAGAAAAAAACACAGAAAAAAUGAUGAUCCUGAUAACAGUGUUACUAACCUGAAUUCAGAAAUGAGUAGUAGUUGCAAAAUAAAAAAACAAAAAAGAUCACACAGUAAAGAUGUACAAGAAAAUUUAGUUAGUCCAUUAAUUAUAUUAGAAAGCCCUAGUAAGAAUGGUGAUUCCACAGAAAUUUUCGAAGAUUUCCAGCAAGGUAGCUCUGACAUUAAAAAUAUAGAUACAGAUAAUGUGCUUCACUCAGUACCUGAUACAAUUCUAUCUGAAACUGGUCAAACACUUCCAAAUGAUAAAAUAUCAGAAAUAAAACGUAAAAGAAAGCGUAAGAGAAAUAAGAAGCGGAAAAGUACAUCUGAUGUUCUUGGUAUAUCUCUUUUAGAAAAUUCAUCAGCGGACCCAAAUUUUAUGCCACAAAAUUUCAUGGAAAAUCAUAAUUCUUUGGGUAUCAGUAAGCACAUACGAUAUACAUCACCUAGCCCUGACCGUAAUAAGAACUUGUGUAAAGAAAAUGCUAUCAGUUCCGAAUCAUUUAUUGCUGAUAACAAUCUUGAAAUCUCUUCUGACAUGGCUAUUACAUUAACUAAGAAGAAAUUUCAGAAAUCCAUUGAUUCAUCAGUUGACGUUCCCAGUAUUUCUCCUAAAGUAUUCACAUCAACUUUGCUAAACAAUAUGAAUUAUGGUCACUGUGAUAUGACACCUAUAUCAAAUACUGUUUCAUCAGAAGAAGCUAAUGUACAUAAAGAAAGCAAAAACGAAAAAAGAGUCUUACAAAAUGCAGCAGUGGAAGGAAAAGAUAAAUAUCCAGUGUAUCCUAUUUUAGAAUCUAUGCCAGCUGUUGGUACUCAUAUUGCUUAUAAGAUUUUAGAACUGAAUAGUAAUUAUAGUCCAGAAGUAUCUGAUUAUAAAGAAGGCAUCAUAAGAAGUAUAGAUGCUGACACUGAUGAAAUUGAAAUAGAACUUUUAAAAGAAGAAGUUAAACCAGGGAGAAGAGGGAAGUUCGAAAUUUUACAUGAAGAUGAAGUACCACCUCCAGAGAUCAUAAAACAAGUUAUCUUAAGUUGGCCAACAUUAAUUGAACCUAGACUAGUCAUCAAAUAGGUUUGUAAAAAUUAGUUUCUUUAAUCAUUCUGGAUGAUUCCCAUUAAUAAUGGGAGGUGUGGAGCAUCAUCAUCUAUAAUGUGAUUAGUGCAGUUGCGAAAACCAUUUAUUAUUGAACACGUACUGGUUGCAAAUUUUGCAAUUAGUAUAUUCCUUAUGAUUCUAAAAUGUACAGGACUUGCAUAAAAAAUACAGGAAUAAACUUCAUUUUUGCUAUGA